AUGACCGGAGGCGUAGGCCAAGAGCGACUGACAGCAUUCUACACGCACCACUUCGUCUUCAGCAACCCACCCGACACUGCCCUCGCCCUCGUCUCACGAACCGUAGGCAUCGACCGUGUAAUCGACGAGUUCAUUUUCACGCUUACCCACACCAAAGAAGUUCCAUGGCUACUCCCUGGUAUCCCUCCCACCGGAAAACCCUUAGCCAUUCCGUUCACCAGUGUCGUUGCUAUGCGCGGCGAUCGACUGUGUCAUGAACACAUCAGCUGGGACCACGCGACGGCGCUGAAACAAUUGGGUUUGCUUCCGGAGUACGUGCCUUUUCCGUACAAGAUCGAGGGCGCAGCGCCGCCGGAAGGGAAGAGAUUCGAAGUCAGACUGCCAGUCGUGGACAUGGAGGGGAGUAGGAAGUUGGUGGAUGAGAGUUGUGAGGAGAGUAAUGCGUUGAUGAGUGGACGGUGGCGGAUGGUUGACGAUGUGUAA